CACUGAGAUCUGAUGUUCUCCUUUCUGUUCUCAUUUCUCAUCAGCACACGGAGCGUUCAUCAGAGGGGCACCGCUGUCUCCUGGGGUCCCUCUGUGUCCCAUUGUCCAGGAUGAGGGUCUCCGCUGUGAUCUGGGGGUCCCUCUGUGUGCCAUUGUCCAGGAUGAGGGUCUCCGCUGUGAUCUGGGGGUCCCUCUGCCUUAUUGGAGCCGGGGCCCUCAGGGGCCCCAGUGAAGUCAUUGUCCCUUACGGAGAGGAGUUAUCUGUGACCUGUGAUUACGAUGACGGCUUUAGGUCUCAUGUGAAGUAUUGGUGUAGAGGAGUCUACUGGAAGACCUGUGAGAUCCUCAUCAAAUCAAGUGAUGGAGGAUCCGAGAAUCGAUAUUCCAUGGAGGACAAUCCGCUGUCACUCAAGUUCAUUAUUACCGGAAGACCAAUGAGACCGGAAGAUUCCGACACGUACUACUGCGGGAUGGAAAUAAUUGGGAUUGAUAAAAUGCACGUCGUGAAGGUGACCGUCCUCCCAGGGGUCUGUAGGGAGACUCCGCUCUGGGCCUCCAUCGUGGAUUUCCCUCCUGGAUUUGAGACCAUAGAGGAGAACAAAGUGGUGGAGGUGUCAUGUAAGGAGCAGUAUGACAGAAGGACGUUCCCUCUGACGUGUGUGAAGGAGUCGGACGUUUUCCAGUUUUACCCUCAUCCUGAGACGUCAUCGUGUACACGGAAAUGUGGGAGGUUGAUGGAUUCAGAGCAGAAUAUCAGCAUGUAUCCAGAGAAGGAAUAUUAUGAUCAGGAUGAGGAAGUGACAUUGACGUGUCCCGCUGGAUAUUCACCCAAUUACAGCAAAAUCCGAUGUGUGAGAGCCGACGGCACCAAUAUCUGGAAUGUGACCGAGGUUUUAUGUAUCUCCUCACCAACUGUUAUUCCGAUCAUCUCCAAUCACUCCGUGUCCUGGAAGGAUAUCGGGGUUUCCUGCUGUCUCGGUGUCAUUCCUCCGAUGGUGGUGAAGCUGAUAACCAUUCUGGUGAUCCUCACUCUCAGGUUCUCCGUCUUUGUACAGAGAAGAUCCUCAUCGGUGGAGGAGAGUCCCCGCCAAACACAGCCAGAUGUAAAGAUUAUGAAAUCGUCACACCGGGCGAGGACCAACCUCUACCUUAAGGUGACUGAAGAUCAGAAGAUCCCUGAGGAUGCAGAAGAUGAUCCGGAUCUGCUCUAUGCAAAUACAGAGGUGACUGAAGCUCAGAAGAUCCCUGAGGAUGCAGAAGAUGAUCCGGAUCUGCUCUAUGCAAAUACAGAGGAGGGUUUCAACCCCCCCUGA